UCGUCAGUUCAGCAAUUCUCGCAGAACAGCGAGGUAAAGAGUCUCUUCAGACGUUUCACUUCUGUCAACUCUUGAAACGGCAUAGAACUUCACGGUUCUAUUCAGAUCAUUUACAGUCGUCCACGUUAUAACACAAGUUACCAAACGCAAAGAUGCUGAUCGGUGGAGCAGUGAGUUACGUCGCUGGCAAGCAAGCGAUUCGCACAGUUUAUUGGCGAACGGCGAGCGACGGUCGCCUGUUGAAGACAGCGAAGACAUGCAUGUUUCAAGGACCACCGAAACCGGCGCCGUCAUCGACGUCCGCCUCGACGGCGUUCGAAGGUCAAUCGCAUAUGGACCCUAUACCCAGGGACAUUUUUAAUCACCGGAAUUGAACCAACAAUCGUCAUGACGCCGUUACCAAAGAUUGAAGAGGGAGAGAAAAAUGUUUGAAUUUGGAGCUUGAACUCCAAACUUUGUAUAUAGUAGAUCUCGAUAAUUUAAGUUAUAUACUUAUUUGUAUAUCUUUCUGUAUAGUGUAAGUUGUCCUAGAAAUAUACUAUUUAUUUUCUAUAA